AUGGUGAAGCAGCGGUUGCCUGUUUGUGGCGCGGUGGCUGUACUUGUGACACUGUUGGUGUUGUCAUCAGGUAAUCUCUACAGCAGACACAUCCAGAUCGAUGGCGAAAUGUUGGCUAUCCAAGUGCAAGACACUCCUGGAGUGCAGAUCCAUGAACACAGCCUGGAUUGCAACGACCAGCUGAACAGAUGCAUUCGCUGGGCAGACGCGCUCGUGAUCGUCUUCUCCAUCACAGAUUAUAAGAGCUAUGAACUCCUCAGCCACCUCUACCACCACGUUCGGCAGCUGCACCCAGGGAACGCGGUUCCCGUUGUCAUCGUGGCCAACAAGGCCGACCUCCUGCACGUUAAGGAGGUGGAGCCUCAGCACGGACUGCAGCUGGCCAACAUGCUGGGCUGUACGUUCUACGAAGUGUCCGUCAGUGAAAACUAUAACGACGUCUUCAACGCUUUCCACGUCCUGUGCAAAGAAGUCAGCAAACAGCAAACCACCAGCACGCCCGAGCGAAGGAGAACCUCGCUCAUCCCACGGCCCAAAUCCCCCAACAUGCAGGACCUGAAGAGAAGGUUUAAGCAAGCCUUGUCUGCCAAAGUGAGGACUGUCACCUCUGUUUAGGAGCAGAGCCAAGCGGAGGGUUUGAUCUUCCCAACAUUUUAGCCCGAGUGUGAAACCUGGAAUGUUAAACACUGGCACUUCU